ACUUCGAGGGGGGCGUCGUCCUCAGCAGCCCAUGCACUCACGCUGCAUAGCUAGCAUGAGCUGAACUGUUAAUAACUGUUCAAUAAUUCUCUAGUUUUGAUCGUUGUGGUCUGAGUCGGUCCAUCCGGACAGCAUGGCCUCAGAGGGGGACGACGCGCUGCUGGUCCUGAUCUACCAGCACCUGAAGACCAGCGGGUACAAGAAGGCUGCUAAAGUCCUGGAGAAACACGUUCCUCAGGUGGAAACGACUGAGGAGAGCUCCAACCUUCAAGAUAUCUACACUGGCUGGAGGAAGCUGUGCUCUCUGGCUCAGCAUGCCAAACAAGAGUCGGAUGACCCAGCAACUUUAAAGAACAACAUCAUCAAGCCAGAACCUGCCACCAGUGAAGGAGAAGAGGGUGCAGACGCCAAACUCUCCGACACCCCAGAGGAGAAUCACGUGGAUGCCAAACCUCCAUCAGAGUCGGUGACAGAAGCUGAGACGAUGUCGGAGCAGCUGCAGUGUCCUGAAGAAGACACCAAGACAACAAACUCUGAUAGCAAAGAGGAAGUAGAGGAGAAGGAGGAGGAGGAGACACAAAUGGAGCAAGAGUCGGCUCCCGUCGAAGAGUCUGCUGAGGCGUCUAACAAGGCAGAAACCUCCGACACAGAGGAAGUGGAUGAGCCCAGCAGCCGGGUCGACCCCGGACCUGCUGCCUCCGAUCACGCUGAGGAUCAACUCACAGCUCCUGAAGCAGAGGAGCAGAGGGAGGACGACGAUGAGCCAAAACAGGAGGCUGUAGCAGCUUCAGACGCAACUGAGGUCACAGAUGAAACCUCUGCAGUUGUAGUGACUUCCUCUACUCAGGAGGAGGAGGAGGAGGAGGAGGAGGGGGAGGAAGGCAGCACAGCAGAGAUGCCGAGCCAGGCCGAGUCCGCCGCACCAGACCUGACCGCUCAGGAGACCAAUGAGCAGCCGGCAGAGAGUGAAGCCCCGCCUCCUGCAGACUCUGAAAAUCCAAAGGAUGAAGAGGAAGAGGAGAACUCAAAGAAGAUGGAGGACAGUGAGCUGACAGAGCAGGCAGAGGAGCCUGCUGGAACUACUGACCUCAUCGUGGAAACUGUGAAGGUUUCCUUCGUCCUCGAAGUGGAAGACGGUGGAGCAGCUGAGGGAGAGGAGGCUGCAACUCCCAAGAAGAAGAAGAGAAAGAAGAACAAAAAGGAGGUAGAGACGCCAUCAGCAGCUGACACAACAAGCACUGACACAUCCGCCAUAGAUACACCCAGUGACACUCCCUCUGUUACCAAGUCUGCCAAGAAGAAGAAGAGGGAGAAGAAGAUAACAAAGGAGGUGACUGAGGAAGAGGAGGAACAGAAAAAAGAGGAGGCGGAGGAGGUGGUGGUGGUGGAGGAGAAGCAGCAGGAGACGGAGGAUGUUCCUCAGGCCACUUCCCCAGAGAAGAAGAAAAAGGCCAAGAAAAGGAAAAGAGACAAAGAUGAAGAACCUCCCAUCACUCCUUCAGAGGAUGAAAUCAAGAAGAAUAAAGUGACAGGCGAGGAAGAGGAGAAGAGUGAGGCAGCAAAUGUGGAGGAAGAGAUAGAGGUGGAGAACUCUGUGAGUGUGAUAGAAACCCCGGAGGGGAAGAAGAAGAAGAAGAAAAAGAAGAGCAAGGCGGCAGGACAGAAGAAAGUGGAGGUGCAGUCUGAGGAUGGACCAGCAGGGGGCAGUGACGUCACAGGAACCACCAUGGAGGCCACAGAAGAAAACUCCUCAGAGCUCUCCUCGGCCAAAAAGAAGAAACGAUUAAGGAAGAAGCUCAGCCUGAAGAAGAGACUGGUGAUGAAGAAGAAGAAGGAGGAGGUGAAGAAGAGAAAGAAGACCACCAGUGACACCGCUUCAGGACAGACUGAGGGCCCUGCAGACGCCAAGAAGCUCACAGGAAAGAAGAAACAAAAAAAGACCCAAGAGGCAGCGGAGGAGACGACUAAACAAAAACCAACCAAAAGACCUCCACCUGAUCCGGCCCAGCAAGAUGACACACCAACGAAGAAGAAGAAGAAGAUGAAAAUAACACCGGAAGCAGAAGAGAGUUCCUCCAAAGAAAACGACCCACCAAAAAAGGAGAAGAAGAAGAAAGGAUCGGUGAAGAAGGAGGAUGUGGGCGCUGCAGAAGUUGCAACUCCGCUUUUAAAAGAAGGGAAGAAGAAGAAGAAGAUGAAGAUGAAGGCUGCAAAAGAGGAGACGGAGAGUUCAGCCGACAUCACUCUGUGCCAUGCAGUCGCGGCAAAGAAAAAGAAGAAAAACAGACUAAAGGAGAAGCUGACGGAGAAAAAAGCUGCUGCAGACGCAUAAAUUUCCCCGGAAAAGAAACCUUCGAAAAAGGCGAUCACCUCUGAAUGAGUCUGGAAUUUUUUGACCCGACGUCAGCAGAGAGUCUUCGUCCGCUUGUUUUGAGGCUUUCAGGUCCAGGUACAAUCUGCUAAACUUUCAGUGCCUUUCCUCUGAACUUUGUCGGUUUCCAUGUCAGUCAUUUCUCUGUUUUUGCUCUUAAACUGUGAACGUUAUAUUCCUAACAGACUCCCUUCAGUAGUUUGUUUUCAGUUUGUUUCAGAAUAAAGAGGACAGGAGGCCUGAUUUGAACAGACAAACAGGGAAAUAAUGGCAUUACUUUGAUUUGUAGUUCAGUAAACAAGGAACUGGUUUUUGCUCAAUUCUGGUUUUAUGUCCAAAAACACAAUUUGGAGCCCUUAUUUUUUAUUUGAAUUGAAGACAAAACAUGAUUUCAAGCAGGACAACGAUGAGCUUAAUAGGUCAGUAACAUUAAAACAGUUCCUCAUUACUUCUUUCUAGUGCCAAAAUCAGAGUUUUCAUCAUUCGUAAACCCAAACAAAUACAGGAAAAGGCGACAAAAAUUCAGUUAUUUGAGGAGCUCUAAAUAAGAAUCUCUACCGCAACAAUUUCUGACAAUUAGAGCUUCAAACACACCUCAGCUCGUCUCAAAUCAAAAGGUAUCAUUGUUCUGAUUUGCAGCCUUGUUUUCAAUGCUACUCUGCCUUUUAGAAAUACUUGCAUCACCUAUGAAUAGCUUGAUGGACUUUCACAAUCAGAACCAUUUCUCUUGCAAACACAAAAACAAAAAAUGGUCUUAGCUUUGUUACAACAGAUGAGUUUGAUGCUGCUGAUACUCAACAAUAAUAAAUCCAAAUAAAGUUUCAAACUUUGGAUCUUUAAAGGGAUCAAGCUGUGAUAGUGGAACAUUUCAAACAGGUCAUGUUCGAGAGAGUAAAUGUUUUCCUGUAGUUUUCUCAGUCAGUGUUAGAGGCUGAUUCUUGUAGUCGAUCAUCUGUGUUCGUUAGUUUGAACUCAUGUUUGUUUUUUCAUGAAGCUGUGAAUCUCACUUUUUAUUUGGAAAUGGUUUUGUUUACAGAGUUCGGAUGUUUACACUGUUUUUCUUUAUCCCAUGGGCUGUUAACUAUGCAUCUGAUAAAUUCACUUCUUUGAUAUUUGUUUGUUGUUCCCGAGGACCAACAUGUGUGAGAGGGAAUAAACUCCAACAACUUUGAA